GACGGAAGUGUUUCAGCGGCCCGGAAAAUGGCAGCUCGCUGGAGUAGUGAAAAUGUGGUGGUCGAGUUUCGAGACUCGCAGGCCACAGCUAUGUCAGUGGAGUGCCUUGGGCGCCUUGCUGUGUUGUCUGGGCGUCGUUUUUUAUACAUAGUAAAUUUGGAUGCACCAGCUGAGAUUCCACGGAAGAUUUCCAGACAGAGUAAAUGGGACAUAGGGACGGUGCAGUGGAAUCCCCAUGAGUCUUGCUGCUAUUACUUUGCUGCUUCGAGUAACCAGAGAGUUGAUAUUUAUAAGUGGCAUGAUGGUGCAGGUGAAAUCCAUACAUCUCUACAAGGACACACAAGAGUCAUAAGUGAUCUUGAUUGGUCAUGGUUUGAGCCUGAGCUUCUGGUUACUAGCUCUGUAGACACCUACAUCUAUGUUUGGGAUACAAGGGAUACAAGGAAACCAACAGUUGCACUUUCAGCUGUAGCUGGUGCAUCACAAGUCAAGUGGAACAAGAGGAAUCAACAUUGUCUAGCUACAAGCCAUGAUGGGGAUGUUCGUAUUUGGGACAAGCGGAAACCCAACACAGCAGUAGAGUAUGUAGCUGCACAUUUGUCUAAGAUUCAUGGUCUGGACUGGCACCCUGAUAAUGAAUUUGUACUUGCAACAUCCAGCCAGGACAAUUCUGUGCGGUUUUGGGAUUACAGGCAGCCAAGAAAAUACCUCAAUAUUUUGUCAUGUCAGGUUCCUGUUUGGAAAGCUAGAUACACACCAUUCUCAAAUGGCUUAGUGACUGUCAUGGUGCCUCAGCUGCGCAGAGAAAACAGCCUUCUCCUGUGGAGCAUGUUUGAUCUGAAUGUUCCUGUUCAUACUUUUGUGGGCCAUGAUGAUGUGGUGCUUGAAUUUCAGUGGCGUUGUCAAAAGGAAGGAUCAAAGGAUUAUCAGUUGGUGACAUGGUCACGGGACCAGACACUGAGGAUCUGGCGUGUUGACAACCAGCUGCAGAAGCUGUGUGCCAAUGACAUUAUCGAAGCAGUUGAUGACCUGACUGAUGAGGCAGAAAAGACUUUACAUUUUCAGGACUCUGAGUUGCAACAUACUCCUGUUCACGUUACUGAAGAUGAGGAAGUUCAGCGCAGUGAAGUUAAUUCCGGUGUUGCUUCAAAAGAGAAGCAGGAUAUUGUUGGACUACCACAGACACUACAACAGGAAUUCUCAUUGAUUAACCUUCAGAUUCGAAAUGUUAAUGUAGAGAUGGAUGCAGUAAACCGUAGCUGUGCAGUUACAGCACACUGCAGAAGUCAUCAAGUACGAAUGGUGGUUAUGUUUCCUGCUCAGUACCCUAACAAUGCGGCACCCACCUUUCAAUUUACCAACCCAACAACCAUCCCUUCAACAAUGAAGGCCAAGAUACUAAAGAUUUUAAAGGACACAUCCCUUCAGAAGGUGAAGAGAAAUCAGAACUGCUUGGAGCCUUGUGUGAGACAACUGAUGUCUUGUCUUGAGUCAUGUCUGAAUCAGGAAGACAGCAGCAAUGGGCAUCCAUAUGUUCUUUCCAACUCUGUGAAUCCUCCACUUCCAACAUUUUCAAGAGUCACUAACACCUAUGGGUCCUACCAAGAUGCCAACAUCCCCUUUCCUCGAACGUCAGGAGCACGCUUCUGUGGGCCAGGUUGCCUGGUAUACUUCACAAGACCCAUUACUAUGCACCGGUCGGUAUCCCCAACAGAACCUACUCCUAGGUCUUUGUCUGCACUUUCUGCCUACCAUAGUGGAAUGAUGACCCCUAUGAAAAUCCGCACAGAAUCCCAAAGCACUCUUCGCCUAUAUAGUGGAAGCCCUACUCGCAGCGAUAAAGAGCAAGUCUCUAUCAGCUCCUUUUACUACAAGGAACGAAAAUCUAGACGGUGGAAGACCAAGAGAGAAACAGUAGACUCUGGAAGUCGACCAAUAAAAGCUACGGGUAAAGUGAUUAUCCAGAAUAUUUCCUGCCUUUUGCCAUUACACAAACAACUUGGAGAAAUUUACAUAUUGAAUGUAAACGAUAUUCAAGAGACCUGUCACAGGAAUGCUGCUGCUGCUCUUACAGUCGGGCGCAGAGACUUGGCCAAGAUAUGGGCUUUAGCUGCUGCAGCUACAAGCACUGACUUAUGUCCUGACCCUGACCCUGAUAUUGGCACACCAUGGGCACAACAUCCGUUCGGACGACACCUUUUGGAAACACUGCUCAACCAUUUCAGCUUGAUUCAUGAUGUUCAGACACUAGCUAUGCUCUGCUGCAUAUGUGAGAUGCAAUUUACCCAUCCAGAUUGUUACACCCUUUUUGGACAGAAUGUACAUCGUUCAGCUGUAUUCAUGUCACAAUACAGAUUUUCCAGCUAUACUUCUUCUGGGUCCUGCUCCAGCACCUCGGAUUCUGGCAUGAAUAUCAGUGUCUGGAAUGUUGUUGGCAGGGAUCCUGAUCAUAUUUCCCCUUGGUGGGAAUCAUCUCCAGAUGACUUUCGUUGUGGAAACCAGACAUAUACAGAUCCCAGAGAACGAGAGAAAGAACAACAUGAUAAAAAUAAACGUUUGCUGGAUCCAUCAAAUACUCUGCAGUAUGACGAGUUUAAGAAGUGUUAUGGAGAGAUAUUAUAUCGCUGGGGGUUAAGAGAAAAGAGAGCCGAAGUCCUCAAAUUCAUAGCGCGUCCUCCAGAACCUCACAAAGGAAUUGAAUUUGGUGUGUACUGCUGUCAUUGUCGCAGUGAAGUUCGAGGGACUCAGUGUGCUGCCUGUAAGCACCUCACUUUCCAGUGUGCUAUCUGCCACGUUGCUGUCCGCGGGUCUUCAAAUUUCUGUCUUAGCUGUGGCCAUGGAGGACACACCAGCCACAUGAUGGAAUGGUUUUGUACUCAAGAUGUUUGCCCCACUGGCUGUGGCUGCCACUGUCUCCUUCAGAGCACCUUCUGACAUGAUGGGAAAGUAGACUAAAGUUGCUCAAUUCAAACAUCACAUUUGUUGUAAUGCCUCUGCCUGGAUCUGGCAUUCAGGAGAUGAGCAAGCAGAACUGUGCACCUAAUGCAGAGCACAAACCAUGUCCAGGUUUGUAGUGCUGAGAUUGUGUAUAAUGUAUAGUAAAAAGUAAUCAGCUUAAUUGAAUGUACUGUAACAUAUGCAUCAAUUAUAAAGAAAACAGUAUGUACAGAUCCAGAGUAUUUAAAUAAACAUGCUAAUGGAUUUGAACUUAUAUUGUUUGACAUUGUUUAAUAAUUUUGAGAAACACCUUGAGUAUGACAGCGUUGUACUGAAAAGAAAAACAAUUGUACACUGAAAUAUAGAGUUUAUAACUUUAAUUUCUUUUAAUUACAGUUUAAAAUAGGAAUCAUUUUGACUAGAACAGGGUCAGAUCCUUCCAGUUCCUUAUCACCUAAAAUGUCCAAAAUAAUGAGAUUUGCAUGAUAUCAAGGUGCUGCUGUACUACUAGGUUACUUGUUUUUGUGUAUUUACAGUUCUCACUCUGAAUUCUCUGAAAUAAACAUAUGUGUGAGUUUUACUUUUA